UGCCAUGAACCACUUCCAGACCAUCCUGACACGGGUCCGGAUGCUGCUGGCCGGCCAUCGGCCGGGCCAGGUGCGGGCGCUCCUGGACAGCAUGCUGGAGACAGGGCUCCUGUCCGGGGAAUACCACUGCGCUCUGCUCCAUGAGCCGGACGCCGAGGCCCUGGCCAGGAAGAUCUCCUUGAGCCUGCUGGAAAAAGGGGACCCAGACUUGGCCCUCUCGAGAUGGGCGUGGCGGGGGUGGCAGGCCCCAGGGGCUGAGAGGGACCCCGACCACAAGGACCACGGUGCCGUGCUGGCACCCCUGGUGCCCCUGGGACAGGACUGGCAUGCUCUCAACCACAGGACCUUGGCAUGUGAUGUUCCCACUACCUGA